AUGAGUGUUUUCCAAGAGGUUCGUAAGUUAGUGGAUGAUGCUACUUGGCGAUAUAAGGUGCAUGAUGGAUUUGAUGUGACGCCCACCGAUACUUUCAAACAAAUUGUUUUCAAAGUAUUCUCCCCCGUCAAAAAUAUUUGGAGGACAGCCAGUUAUUGUACACUCCACCAAAUGUAUCAACCAAAUUUGGGUGAAUAUCGCCAGUCGAAAAGUUUUUCUUCGUUAGCACCAAGCAAUGGAAUGCCUUAUGAGGACCGUGACGCGCAGCGAUAUUUUGGAUCCUUUCGAAGUUACGUGCCAAAAAAAGCAGAAUGGAAAUUUGCAUUGGAGAAAUACUCGAAACCAAGAACUUACCGAAAACGUCUAUUGAAAACAAAAACUGAAAUGAACGAGGCCCCAUCCGAACUCAAACUGAAACCAUUUUACCGGAAGCGAAGCGAAUUCCCAACAUCAACAUCCAGAAUAGAUAAUUAUAAUUUAUAUUGGCGAGGUCGUUUGAAUGGUGUCUUUGGGACAGGUGCAUUAUUUUAUCCCUCAAAUUUCAUAGGGGAGGAAGAUCGACGAUAUGAACGAAUUUAUUGGAGCCAAGAUUGGAUGGAUUAUAUAACACCGAGUGCAAGACAUGCUACUAGUUUAUUACUUUCAGCGUAUUGA